AUGAAAGCAGGGCUCGCCGUCGGAUUCAAGCUUCGUCUCGCCGACGUCGCCGCCGUCAGCAGGGCAGGUCGCCCGCGGGACCGCGUCGCGGAGCCUGAGAGGAAUAUUGAUCUGAUGCCGCCGAGUAUUCAAGCUACGCCUAUUCACCUGGAUAGCAGUCCUCGCCUCAUCGGGUUUCCUUUCCACUCGACUUGCUGGUGCAUCCUCUUCAAACGCUUGUCGUGGGGUGACCGGGAGCUGCAACUCCUUUUCGACCUCUGCCUCUCCUUCAGGAAUGAGGAGAUCAUGUUUGACUGGGAUCACAAUUACGGCGGAACGGUCAGCUAUGACGACGACUGCCGCGUGCUUGGCCCCGGCGAAGAACCCCAUCUGUCCUCAUGGGCCGACAAUGACCCCAAUGACGGUGAAGAGUAUCCUCUUCACCUACAUGAGCUAGAUCGCAUUUUCGAACAGCGGACCAACGAUAGCAUUCCUACUGCGAAUUGCCCCACGCGACUGCAAAGAUACGCUAGGCCGACUCACGCGGAUGCCUUCCAAAUGCUGACCGUCGAGAUCCUGCAGUCGAUUCUCGUACGGCUCCCUGCGCCUGACGUUGCUGCUGUGAGAAUGGUCUCCCCGGCGGUCGCCAACGUCCAUCUGCAUGAUAAAUUCUGGAGAACUCGCUUUCUCUCAGGGCGGGAGUUCGAUUUCAUCUUCGAGACCCAACGGCAUCCCCACGACUCUUCGUUCAAGGGUCGGUGGAAGUCGACGUAUUUCUCUGUCCGAGAGUUGCGACACCUCCCGGUUGUGGCUGGAAGCGCCAGCUGUGAUGGCAGCUCCGUGCCGUUCUCCAUCGAAGACAACGGCGACUCAUCCAGUGUUGAUAUGGACUGGGAAACAGCCAGCAGCGAAGAGGUGCUUUGUGCCCGGUAA